ACUGGAGUCCAGCUCCUUCGACAGAGCUUCUGAGACGGCAUGCCUUGGACGUGACAGGUAUCUUUCCAUGAAGAAAGACCCAGAGUGCAAUCGCAUAACUAUCGAUCUCGACGAAAAAACCUCCACUGACCAGAACAUCCCCGCCACGCCAAGAACAGUCCAGACACCUUCCGCAAUCUCACAUCCUCUAGUCCCAAAGAACAUCGCACGAGAAGCUCGGACUCAUAUCUUCGUCCAUGCGGUCUUCUCAGUUCAGAACAAAGGUCCUAAGAUCAACAAGAAGGCGGUGCAAACGGUGAAAGGAUGGAGGAAGGGACGAGAAAUUGGUAGAGGAGAAGGCCGCAGUGCUUCUGUGGCGGCGCGUUUCCGCAAUCCUUCUGAAAGAAGGCUGUCCGGGGACUUUCUCCCAAAGCAUGAGUAG